CCGCAAUGGCAUGGUUAGCCUUCAUACGCAACGUGCUGACCGAUCCACGGCACACGCAAUGGAUCGCUCCCCUCCUCAUCCUGGGCGACGCAGUCCUCUGCGCCCUGGUAAUCUGGAAGAUCUCCUACACCGAGAUUGACUGGUCGACCUACAUGCAGCAGGUCUCACUGUAUAUCUCCGGCGAACGCGACUAUCCUUCCAUCAAGGGUUCGACCGGUCCCCUCGUCUACCCCGCCGCGCACGUCUACGUCUACACCUUUCUCUACCACAUCACCGAUGAAGGACGCGAUAUCCUCCUCGGCCAAAUACUCUUUGCCGCCCUCUACCUGGCCACCCUGAUUGUCGCUAUGGCUUGUUAUAGGCAGGUUGGAGCUCCUCCGUACCUCUUCCCGCUUCUGGUCUUGUCCAAGCGUCUUCAUAGCAUCUAUAUGCUGCGCAUGUUCAAUGAUGGCGUUGCGACUUUUGUUAUGUGGGUCGCGAUUUAUCUAUUCAUGAAGCGCAAAUGGACUGCGGGUGUCGCGGCGUGGUCCUUUGGCGUCGGUAUCAAAAUGACCCUGGUAUUGCUCGCGCCGGCUAUUGCCAUCAUCCUGCUACUGAGUGUGGGAUUGGCGCAAAGUGUCGGGCUUGGUCUUAUGGCCAUACUCAUCCAAGUCUUGCUUGCCCUGCCUUUCCUCCAAACCAACCCGAUUGGCUACGUUUCUAAGUCCUUUGAGCUGUCUCGACAGUUUUUGUUUAAAUGGACGGUGAAUUGGCGAUUUAUAGGGGAAAAAACGUUCCUCUCCAGAGAAUUCUCCUUGUCUCUACUAGUAUUGCACGUCUCUCUACUUGCUAUCUUCGCUGCCGUCUGGGUGAAACCGUCAGGAACCAACAUGUUCCGAUUCCUCCAAAACGUCAUCCGAGGUCGCCAGGACACAGUGACCCUUUCGAAAAGCUACAUCUUGGCCUCGAUACUGAGCUCGCUGGUCGUUGGCUUAAUGUGCGCAAGAUCGUUGCACUACCAGUUCUACGCCUAUCUGGCGUUGGUCACCCCGGUUCUCCUCUGGCUUGGUCGCGUCCACCCAUUUCUCAUCUUGAGCGCUUGGGCGAUGCAGGAGUGGGCUUGGAAUGCUUUCCCCAGCACCGGCCCCAGUUCAAAGGCUGUAAUCUCUGCUCUCAUCCUGCAGGUCGCUGGUAUCUGGUUCGGGCUCAAUAAAGUCGACACCGGGCGUGGAAGGGCCGCUGGGGGCAGGACAGCACGCCCACAAUAA